GGAAGGAAGUAAGUCAACUACUAGAUAACUAUGAAAUCAACUUGUUUAGCUAGUAAAGUUAGCUAGCUAACUUGCAAGCUUACCGUUUGAAAGCUCAUGUUUCCGAAGUAGUCCGAACAACCUGGCUAGUGACGUGUUAGCAACAGGUUUGCCUCUGACUGACCGACCAUAUCCCACACCGCAGUGCGAUUGACUGGGUUUUGGUUGAAGAAAAUAAUUAUCUAGCUCGCUAGGUCCCUGGAGGGAAAUAAGCAGAAACACGACAGGCUCUUCCUACUCCUUACUCGUGUGAUAUGACAUCACUGCAUGGUUACCACAGAAACCAGGGCUCAGUUCAGACGGUUGACAGCCAGUCAGCGGUCUAAGGCGUUGCAUCUCAGUGCUAGAGGUGUCACUACAGACCCUGGUUCGAUUCCAGGCUGUAUUACAACCGGCCGUGAUUGGGAGUCCCAUAGGACGGCGCACAAUUGGCCCAUCGUCAUCCGGGUUUGGCCGGGGAACUGAACCCUCCAGAGGAGAUGGAUCUCUCCCUCUCCCCCUGGCUGAGGCCUGCCAUACUGAUGAUUGGCCUCUGUUUAACAGCACAUCUGCUUCUAGAGCAGCCAGCCACAACUCUGGGUGCAUGACUCCUCCAAAGGUGUUUUUCACAGGGAUGGCUGCACAAGUGGAGGUACAGACUGGGGAGGUGGGAAGGACCGGUGUAGGGGGGCGACUGCACCUCAGCCCUCUGGCUGACUCCAGCAACAAGAGCCUAACAGAGGGCCCAUCCAACACCCAGGGCUCCCUCAUCAUCACUCCAGAGUCCAGUAAGCCUGUCCCUGCACCCAAACCACGGCUCACUCCCAAACCUUUUGCUGUGGAGAAAACCCCCACCAUCCGGCCCAUACUUGCUCCUAAGCCUAAUACCAAGCCCCGACCAGAGCCCACUCGCCCUACUUUUUACAAACCUGACCCUCCCAACGGCCCAAAACCUCAGCCGCCGAAUGUCACCAGCAAACACAGGCCAGUGUCGACCAACCACAGCCGUCCUGCUCCUACCUCCUACAAACCCUCUCCCAAGUUGAGCACGGGACAAACCACCAAGCCUGUAGCCCAGCCCUUCAAACCCGCCCCUCUAACACUUGGGGACCCCAGCAAACCAACUCCUUCCCAACCGGUGGGGCGUCAGAAGCCAGCUGCGGCAGGCUUGUCCCACUCACAAGGCCCUAAGAAACCCCCUUCAGUGGAAUGGUCCGGAUCCACCAAACAGGAGAAGGAAUGUGGCAAAACAGCAUCCAGUAUCAGAGCUGGAGGAGCCUAUUUGACCAGAGCCAAGUCAAUGAGCUUCCUCCGUCAGAUAGGGCUAGAGGGGGAGGAGAGGAAGGAGGAUGAAGGGCCAGAGGUAACAGUCCAACUCCGAACCCAGUCUACAGGCUCCAGGCCUAGACCUGUGUCGGCUAUCUUCCUGCCCUCUCCCACUCAGGCUGAGUCGUCCACCCCAGCUGAUCGCUGGGUCGGGAGACGGCCCCUUUCAGCCGACCUCACCUCCAAGUUUGAGUCCAUUGGCUUGUCGCUGCACCGUGGCUCUCCUGCCAAGACUGGCAGCAAGGAAAACACUCCAGAGGAGGGGGCACUGCUACGGAGGAGAGAGGGGGAGACGGGAGCAGAGGGGACGAUUGUUACACCACAGGCCCCAGACAGCAAGCCUUCAGCCUUAGCACGAGGGAGCGAGAAGAAAAAAGAGGAAGAGAAGGAUGAGGGAAAGGGUGGAGGAAGCAUUAAGAGACGGAUCAGUCUCUUGCUCGAUUCCUCUUCUUCCUCUCCUGUGGUUCCUCUCCGUGUUGCUGCCCAAGGACCGGAGCAUCACUCUCCAGUGCAGCCAGUCCCAGAGGCAGAUGUACCACUGGGUGGUGUUAAACAGCGAAUCAAGAAGCUGACAGAAGAAACUGUUACGCCACCUGCUCAGACCCUGGCUGUUAAACCCCGCCCUCUGCCCCCUGACCUGACCAAAAGGUUUGGCUCUGAGAAGUCCACAGACCUCGGCAGUCCCUCUCCUAGUAAGGCGGCAGACCGCCAUGAGAGUGACACUGAUCCUCAAGGGAGGGGGCAGGACUCAGUCUUCAUCUUCAGUGACCAAAGGAAGGUGGAUGAAGACACCAGAGGGUCCAAAGAGCAGCCCACCCAGACCUCUUCUGACCCCUCAGCUGGAAGGACUGCGGCACAGCGGGGGCUGGAGAUGGAGGCCCAGGAGAGCCACCCGAGCUGUGGGGUGCAGACUGUGCGAGCAGCCCUAUUUGAGAACGUGGUUGAGAGACACAGCGUGCUGGUGAUGGAUGAGGACAGAGCGCAGAUCAACACAAAGAGCUGUCCCAGGAGAAGUGUCUCUCUCAAACUGGGGGAUGGGGAGAAAGGCAGCAGCCUGGUCACCUCCCCCUACCGCGAGCCUGUGUCUCCCUCCAGCCCAGUUCGUGUGGAGCACUUGUUUGACACGGUGCACGCGGUGGGAGAGAGGAGAGCCGUUAGUGAGAUUGUCCCCUCGGCUCAGCUGGAGGACAAGGCCAUGACCCUCCGUUCCAGGCAUUCUGAGGGGAACAGGCCAGCUAGAGCUGAGCCAGUGGAGAAGAGACCUGCUCGGGUCCAAGGAGACCUCAGUUCGGCUCAGAUGGGAGCACCAGCCUCCCAACAUGAACAGGGACCACGCUACCUCAGGGUUGGAGCUCUGCAGAAGUGGAAUACCGCUGAGGUGCAUAGGGGAGCAGAGGUAGAGAAAGGAAGGCAAAGGGAAAUGGAAAAGGAGAGACACAUGGAGAGGGAGCGAAAGGAGGAGGAGAAAGAGAGGCAGAGGGAAGCGGAGAGGAGGAUGCAAAUGGCUGUAGAGAGGGAAAAGCCGAGAGAGCAGGACAGGGAGAGAGAGGAAGUGGCCGCACCGAAGCGUUUGAAAAUGCUGGAGGCAGAUGAGCAGCCACCCAAACCCAGGGCCACCUACUUUGCUCUGACUGGUCAGAUCCAGGAAGUAAUAUCCCAUGGGGAUGAGGGAACAGAGAGAGGGGACAUGGAAGUGCCCUUUGACGAUUUCUCUGUGAUGUCUGGACAAUGGGGUUCUCAAGGGAAGGUAAAAAGGAACCCCUCUCUAGGCAAAACAUUUGGGAAAAGCGCUCAAGGUCAAGAACAAGAAGAGGAAGUGAUGGAGAAGAUGCAAGCACAGGAAAGGAAGAGAGAAACGGCAUGGGACAGAAAGACCGGGAUGGAUGAGAUGGAAAUAGAAAAACAGAGAGAAUUGGAGAGGGAGAAAGAACGUCAGAGUGAGAGAAAGGAGUUUGAGAGGGAGAAACAGAGACAGCUGGAACUUGAGAUACAAAAACAGUUAGAAUAUGCUAGAAAGAGAGAGAUGGAGAAGCAGAGAGAGUUAGAAAAGGAGAGACAAAAUGAGUUGGAAAAGGAGACACAGAGAGAGUUGGAAAGACAGUGUGAGCUGGAGAGGGAGAGACGGUGUGAGCUGGAGAGGGAGAGACGGUGUGAGCUGGAGAGGGAGAGACGGUGUGAGCUGGAGAGGGAGAGACGGUGUGAGCUGGAGAGGGAGAGACGGUGUGAGCUGGAGAGGGAGAAAGAGUUUAAAAGGGAGAGGCAGCGCCAGUUCGACUUAGAGAGACAGAAGAAGUUGGAGAGACAGAUGGUUGAAGAGUUGGAGGAAAUAAAAGAAAUGGAGAGAAGGCAACUGUUUAGGUUUGAAAAGCAGAAGCAGGCUGAGAGAGAGAGACAACAGCUUCUGGACCUUGAAAAGCAGAUACUGAGAGAGAAGAUGGAGAGAGAGGAGCAGGAGAAGAUGAGACAACAGGCAAUACAACAGGAGGUAGACCUGGAGAGACAGAGGGAGUUGGAGCGGGAGAGACAGAGGGAGUUGGAGCGGGAGAGACAGAGGGAGUUGGAGCGGGAGAGACAGAGGGAGUUGGAGCGGGAGAGACAGAGGGAGUUGGAGCGGGAGAGACAGAGGGAGUUGGAGAGACAGAGGGAGUUGGAGCGGGAGAGUGUAGACGAAUUGGAGAUAAUAAAGGAGCUGGAGAGAAGACAACUGUUUGAGAAACAGAAUGAGAGAGAGAGACAACAGAGACUGAGGGAGAAGAUGGAGAAAGAGGAGCAGGAAAAUAUGAGACAGGUAGCUAGACAACAGGAGGCAGAGAGACAGAGAAUCCUGGAGAGACAGAGGAGAGAGAACCAGGAGAGGGGGGUGCUGGACUCCUUACCUCUCAGACCUAAAGUACUGAAUCUAGACUCUGUGUCUCUGGGUGACCUGCACUCCAGAGGCAGUCCCCACUCCCCUGGUGCCCGAUGGAAGCAUCCAUCUCCCCGGGGAGAGGACCACUACAGGCCUGGCAUCCUGGACAUAGACUCAUUCAGGUCCCAGACCCAGACGCAGCCCUCGCCCACUAGAGAGGUGUUCCCUGUCGCUAGCAUCAAGGGCUCAGACCCAGGUAGUGGGAUGAGAUCCCACACUCCAGAGAGGGAAGUUAGCCGUAGGGUGGGUGCAGUGGGGCGACCCAGCCCAGUGUGGGCCCCCUCUCAGCAGGAGCAGUGGGAGCAAAGGCUAGGAUUCAAUGAGGAAUCGGUGGAUAGGCCCACGGCUGGACCAGAACCACCCAGGAAGCCUGCCAAUAAACCCAGCCUGGAGCAGCUCCUCCACAGGCAGUUGGACAGGGCCACGGCCCCCAUUCUGGUCCCAGAGAGACGCUGGUCUGGUAUGCCCAGUGAAGCAUCCUUCCCCAGGAGAGAGCCCCACAGCCCUGGGUCCCCCAUGGAGCAGACCUGGUUCCCCCAGGACUCAGAGCCCCAGGGGCACAGGGUAGAGGCCAGAGGACAGAGGAGAUCUCAGGGCUCCCAGGAGCUGAACCGGAUGAGGUCCCGCAGCGUGUCCCGUCGAUCAGCCCCGUCUGAGAGUGCUGUGGAGGGGAGCCUGUCCAGGAUGAGGAGCAGGAGUGCACAUAGAGAGAGGGGCCGACAGAGCUCGGAGCAGUUGAAGCAGAGUGUGGAUGGUGAGGAAGAGGGGCGAGACAUAGACACACUGGUCCACGAGACAGACAGCCAGUAUGGGACCUGGGAGACAGGACUGCGCACUGACGAUAGCCUGACUCCUGCCACGCCCACCUCAGACAGCAACCUCAGCCAGUCGCCUAGGAAACCCAUUCCACCCCACACACCAGGGGAACAUGCCCCAUACAGCGACCUGGACACUCCAGAUGGCUUCUCCCCCUCGGUCCAGCCCGAGAUGCAACUACUCCCCUUCCCUGAGGCCUCUACCAUCCUGCUGGACUCCAGUGCGCUACGCUCCAGGGUGCAGCUGAGUAAGAUGCGGGGGCCACGUUCGCGCCCCUCCAGGGUGGCUCGUCAGACUGCUGCUUUGUCUGUACACCCUGAGGGACAGACCGCACCCACUGAGGACUGGCGCUCCCGAGACUCAACAGAGGACAACAUUGAGUCUUCCAAGCAGGAGGACUCAGACUCUGAGGAGCAGGAGAGGGGAGCAGACCCCCGCUCUGCUGCUGCCUCCUCCCAGCCCCAGAGAGUCGCCCUCUUUCCUGGGAUGGACCCCUCCGCUCUCAAGGCCCAGCUCAAGAAGAGAGGAGACUCUGACAAUCAGACAGACGGAGCCUCCCCAUCUCCCUCCCAGCUGUCCCGUUCUCCUAAAUCCCCCUUCCUGCCCCGGGCGUCCCGUGUGCUGCCCCCCUCCGGAGGGAAAGAAAAUGGGGAGGAGGCCUCACCACAGUGGCUGAGAGAACUGAAGUCUAAGAAGCGCUCGAGUCAGUAUGAAAAUGACAGCUAAGUGUGAAUGAGCAGGUUGCCUUAAAACUGAAUAAUCUGGUGGAGAAUUGGAGACAGAAGCCUUAACCUUUGACCCUGAGAAGAUGGAAACUCUGCUGCUGACAUUGUAAUUUGUCAUCUGUUUGUUCAUUUUAUCUGUUCUCUUCCUGCCUGGGUCACAUGCAUGGUGCCUUUUUGCAGACAACCUCGGUCUUAUGGAUGAAACGGCCCAGGUUAAAUAUCUGGCUGCUCUGCUCCGUUUGUCCAUUUUCUUUGCAUAGAUCCACUUUACCCUCUCACCUGACAGGGGAGACUACGGAAGGGGGGGAAACCCUUUCUCUCCUGUCAGGUUGCAUUUCAGGACUGGUUAAACUUGUGGGACCACACGCCUCUUGACCUGGAGGUGCUUCAAUAAGCUGGAGGACAGUCUAGUACCUCCACAAGAUAUAAAUGUAUUUCUUUUUUUUAAAUGUAUUUUUCAGGUUCGUCUACGCGUUACAUUUCUGUGUAUCUAUCAGUCAAGGGGUGUUGGUAAUAGUCAACAUAGGAUAACAUUUCUGAUUUUAUUUUUUGUCAUUGAUCAUAAAGAACAAAACACUGCUGAACUAAUGUUCAGCCAGGCUGUAUAUUAUGUGUUAGUAAUAAAUAUGGUAUCUAAUCAUGAAAUAUUAGAUUUGUGUUGUUGCUAAUUUGACAGAUGAAUCAUAACAUGUCCGAGUGUUUAGUUUUGUACGGAGAGCAUUGCAAGUAUCACUCCAGCAGAGGUUCCCAAGCCCAUUCCUCUGAUGAACUGACUGGGAACCUGUUGUGUUGACCUAAUGCAGCCCCUUUUAACUGAUGGGGGAAGAAAAAUGCUGUGGGUUCAGUGUCUUUUCAAUCAUAAUGUCUGAAUAUCUGUUUCUAUCGGUGUUUGUAUUUCUUAAGGAUCCCCAUUAGCUGCUGCCAAGGCAGUUAUAUACAAUUAAAAAAAUAACACUUUUCACAACACAUUGUGUUCCCUCAGGCCACUACUCUACUAACACAUAUCUACAAUACAACGUCCAUGUGUACGUGUGUGUAGAGUGCGUGUGGGGUGGGAAAGGUGAAGAGAAGGGUUAAUCACAUUGGAGGACUCUCAAUUACACACACACACACACACACACGCACACAAAUCAGCCUGUUCUUCCUCCCUUUACCUUCACUUACCUCUUCAGUGUAAGAUCAAAUGAUUGUGUGUAAUAGUGAUGGAUGAGUGCGUAAGGAUUGCAAGGAAAAUGGUCUAACUGUAUGUGUUACCAAUGAGCCAUACAUUCAAUGUGCACUCCCUGGGUUCUGCAACAUCUCCCAUUUAGAGAGAGAUUUUACCCACUUAUUCUUUUAUCGCUACAUCACUGUUGACAACAUGUAUGUGCAUGUACAAUCUCAAGUUAUUUUCCGUCACACUUUGCUCAGACACUGAAUGGACACACCAAGUAGCAGUGGUACAAUCAUAGUUUGGAUAUCAUGGAUUCAUCCACACAACUGUUAUGGUCCCAUUGUGCACAUGGUCAGUGCAGCGAUGUGGAUGUAUAGUGGAAUGGUAGGAGUAUGGCUUCCACUACUCCAGUGGGGAAUAUGAGUAAAGUAUAUGGUUUUGAGAUGAGGGUGGGUGGUUAUUUUACCCUAUUUUGCUGCACAAGACUAUUUUCACCAGUUGUUUUAGAGCUCAGAGCUGACUUAGGCCAUUCCCCUGACCAUGUCAGCCAUGCCCCUGACCAUGUUAGCCAUGCCCCUGACCAUGUUAGCCAUGCCCCUGACCAUGUUAGCCAUGCCCCUGACCUUGUUAGCCCUGACCAUGUUAGCCAUGCCCCUGACCAUGUUAGCCAUGCCCCUGACCAUGUUAGCCCUGACCAUGUUAGCCAUGCCCCUGACCAUGUUAGCCAUGCCCCUGACCAUGUUAGCCCUGACCAUGUUAGCCAUGCCCCUGACCAUGUUAGCCAUGCCCCUGACCAUGUUAGCCAUGCCCCUGACCAUGUUAGCCAUGCCCCUGACCAUGUUAGCCAUGCCCCUGACCAUGUUAGCCAUGCCACUAGCCAUGCCCCUGACCAUGUUAGCCAUGCCACUAGCCAUGCCCCUGACCAUGUUAGCCAUGCCCUGACCAUGUUAGCCAUGCCCCUGACCAUGUUAGCCCUGACCAUGCCCCUGACCAUGUUAGCCAUGCCCCUGACCAUGUUAGCCCUGACCAUGCCCCUGACCAUGUUAGCCAUGCCCCUGACCAUGUUAGCCAUGCCCCUGACCAUGUUAGCCAUGCCCCUGACCAUGUUAGCCAUGCCCCUGACCAUGUUAGCCCUGACCAUGCCCCUGACCAUGUUAGCCCUGACCAUGCCCCUGACCAUGUUAGCCAUGCCCCUGACCUUGUUAGCCAUGCUGCACUGUCCCACUACUUCCGUUAAGCACUUUGUCAGUUAAUGCACUACAGCACUGACCUGUGCACUGGCUAUUCUGUUAUACAUCCCACCUUCCACAUGUUCAUAGACCGAUGUUGGAAUGCAAGUGAAUGUGUUGAUUGGAUCUUUGGAGUCGUUGUCCCUAUGGUGUCCAUGGCGUUUCACUUUGUCAUGACUUUUGUCAGUUUGAGGGUUUAUUUUUUUUCUCUCAUUUUAUUUUUUAAAAUAAAAUAUGUAUUUUACAUUGUUUUAAUGCCAGUGUCCAAAAUUGUAACUUCUUAAUAAAAUGUACUGAGUUGAGCUUC